CUUUUACCAUCACCAUCAGGCUCUUUAAACAAACCGCCAACUCAUGACACUUUAACGAGAAUCGAUUAUCCAGCUUUUUUCUUACUAGUUGUACUAUACAUCUUACAGGGCAUCCCCAGUGGGCUAGCAUUUGGGUCGAUUCCCUUUCUUUUGAAAUCCUCAAACUUGUCGUAUUCUCAAGUGGGAAUCUUUUCAUUGGCUUCAUACCCAUAUUCAUUGAAACUACUAUGGUCACCAUUGGUGGAUUCCUUUUAUUGGACAAGUAUUGGCAGAAGAAAGUCAUGGAUCAUACCAAUCCAGUUUGUUACAGGGUUUUUGUUAAUCUUGUUGGGGUUGAAUAUCAACUAUUAUUUCGACGAUUUGAAUUUGAAUUUGUUCAAAAUUACAUUUUUCUUUUUGAUUUUAAUCACAUUAUGUGCAACACAAGACAUAGCGGUUGACGGGUGGGCCUUGACAAUAUUGUCACCUACCUGUUUGAGUUUCGCGUCAACAGCACAGACUAUUGGGUUGAACAUAGGGUAUUUUAUGUCGUUUACGAUAUUUUUGGCUCUUAAUUCAAAGGACUUGAUGAAUAGAUAUUUCCGGAAGAUUCCUCAAGAUUACGGAUUGGUUGAAUUGGAUGGGUAUUUGAUCUUUUGGGGAGUAGUUUAUAUUUUGGUUACAGUUGUUGUGUUUUAUGUUCCUGAGACACCGGAGCAUUUACUAUUUCUUUCCAAAAAGGAUGAUCAUAUGAAUAAUAAUAAUAGUAAUAGUAAUAACGAUAAUGAUAAUGAUAAUAAUAGUUGGAAUGCAUUUAAAAAAGUAUAUGUAGCAAUGUAUAAAGUUAUCAAGUUAAAAAACGUUCAAGAGUUUAUGAUAAUCUUAUUGAUUUCGAAAAUUGGGUUUCAGGUGAAUGAAUCAGCCACCAGUUUGAAGUUGCUUGAAAAGGGAUUCUCAAAAGAAGAUUUGGCAUUGACUACGUUAAUUGAUUUUCCAUUUGAGAUAAUCUUUGGGUAUUAUGUAGCCAAAUGGACGCGCAAUGACAGACCGUUGAAUCAAUGGAUGAUUGGGUAUUUGGGGAGAUUGGUUUCUGGAAUCUUCAGCCAACUUAUUGUUUUGAAGUUUCCUAAAAAUGGGAAGAUCACAUUCAGCUAUUUUUUGAUAGUCAUUCUAAAUCAUCUAUUUGGAUCGUUCAUGUCUACUAUUCAGUUUGUGUGUCUUUGUGGGUUUCAUACCAAAAUAGCGGAUCCGGUUAUUGGAGGGACGUAUAUGACAACAUUAAACACACUAUCCAAUUUGGGUGGAACAUGGCCAAAGUUUUUCAUUUACAAAAUGAUUGACCAGUUGACGAUGUCGAUUUGCUUGCCGAAAACCGUCGAGUUCAAAUACUUGAAAAACUAUUUAAAGUUGGACGUGUGUGAACAGGAGGUGGAUGGGAGCUGUGUCAUCAAAAGCGAUGGCUACUACUCGAUGAACAUGCUCUGUGUCUCUUUGGGAUUCCUCCUCUACAUCUUCUACAUCAAACGCAAGAUUUCGAAGCUCCAGAGCCUUCCGAUCAGCCAGUGGCGUGUUCGUAAAUAG